AUGCAGCGAUACUUUUCGCAAAAUAAUUUUAACGGACAUAUCAAUAAGCUGGAAAAAGGAUGGACACCUGGUAUACCAUAUGAAGUAAAUGGAGAUAUACCACUUGUAAUUUAUACAUCAAAUUGUUCCAAACUUCGAGUUGCUAUUGCUGAAACACCGGGACCGCUUGUUAAAGGCCUUAUAUCAUUUGUAACAGAAGCACUCGAUAACAAUGGUUUACCUCACACCUUGGAACAUCUUAUUUUUAUGGGUAGUAAAAAAUAUCCAUACAAAGGUGUUCUGGAUUUGAUUGCUAAUCGAUGUAUGGCAUCAGGGACGAAUGCUUUUACUGCUCAAGAUCAUACUGCUUAUGAAUUAACUACGGUUGGCAGUGAUGGAUUCCUGAAAAUUUUACCUAUUUACAUAGAUCAUUUGUUGUCGCCAACAUUAACGGAUGCUCAAUUUAUGACAGAAGUCCAUCAUAUCAAUGGUAAAGGUGAAAACGCAGGAGUUGUUUAUAGUGAAAUGCAAGAGUACGAAUCAGAAAUGAGUAACAUUGUAAGCUGGAAACGAAAAGAGCUUUUUUAUCCGGAAUAUAAUCCAUAUCGUGUGGAAACAGGUGGACGUUUGGCUGCUUUACGUAAAACAUGUAAUAUGGAAAAGAUAAGACGAUAUCAUCAUGAUUUUUAUCAUAUUAGCAAUAUGUUUGUGACUGUUUGUGGAUCUAUUGAUCAUUCCAAAUUGCUGCAAAUUUUAUCAUCAAUUGAAGAAACAUCACAACAACGAGUGCCACAUCUAUUCAAUAAGCCAUUCAGGAAUACCAUGCUGGUAUUUACGGAAUCACAAGAGAGACAAAUUGUUUGUCCAAGUGAAGAUGAAAAACUGGGUACAGUGGAGAUUGCUUGGAUAGGUCCUUCCAAUAAUUAUGAAGAAUUGAGAAAACUGGAAGUGCUUGCAAAUUACUUGAGUGAUACUGCUGCUUCUCCACUGCAGCAAGAUUUUGUACAAUUGGAUGAACAGUUGGCAAGUUCUGUACAUUUUUAUGUACGUGAGCAGUGCAUUAGUGAAAUAGUAUUGUGUUUUAAUGGAGUACCAGUUAAUGAACUACCAAACAUCAAAAGAAGAUUUUUCGAUAAAACUUUGCCAGAAACGUUUGAAAAGAAUUUUGAUCCAGAACGAAUGGAGAAUGUAAUUACACACAUGAUGGAUAAAGAGCUUUCAAAGAUGGAAACAGACUGUCAUAAUGUUAUUUUCGAUAUAAUGUGCAUGUAUCAAAUCUACGGAAAAUUUAGGGAACUUACAAUGCGAUUAAAUUAUGUUACGGAAUUGCGAAGAAUGUUGGUAAUGAAACCGGAGGAUUGGAUGAGAUUAUCACAUCGGUAUCUGAUAAGAAAAUGUGUCUGUGUAAUGGGUUACCCUUCUCAAGCUGAAGUGACCAGAAUUGCUACAACGGAAAAGAAACGAAUUGAGGAACAGCGUAAAAAAUUAGGGAAAGAUGGACUUCGGCGAUGUGCCGAGAAAUUAGAAAAAGCAUUACAUGAAACAACGGCUCAAAAGCCACCGCCUGAAUUACUUUCCGAAAUGAUGAUACAUGAAUUAGAGAAUUUUGCAACAUUUAAUGUGCAAACAUUGCAUGCGCGGACAGGUCAAAAUGAUAAUGAAAUAUUUAAGUUACCAUUGCCGGUUCUCAUACAUAGUGUCGAAACGCAUUUUGUUAAGCUUAUCUUAGUUUGGGAUACAAAAUUGAUACCAUUAGAAUUACGACUAUGGUUGAUGCUUUAUUUCGAAUUAAUAUUCCAAAGCCCAGCUAUUAUAGAUGAUAGAAAAUUAUCAUAUGAGGAAAUAGCAAAUUUGUAUACCCGGGAUUUGGUAUCAUAUUCUGCAAAUAUUGGUGUUUUAGAUCAUUUUGAUCGAUUUUGUUCACUUACCUUAAAAACUGUUCCCGAACGAUAUGUGAUUAUGUUGUCAUGGCUUACGACAUUUGUGAGAGGAAUUAUCUUCGAGGCAGAACGUGUGAAAGUAACUGCUCAAAGUUUAAUUGCUGACGCUGACGAAGAAAAACGAGAUGGAUGUGAAAUGCAAAAUGCGCUUCUUCAUACUGCUCUAUUCCACAAGGAUAGCAAUUAUAUGUGUGGUUUAGUUCAGUUGGAGGAGUUUCAUAAAAAUGUACUCAUGUUAACUAAAGAAAAUCCUACCUACGUUAUCGAUAAAUUGGAGAAAUUGCGUGAAGCGUUAAUGAAUGCUCCGAUAAAUCUACAUAUUAUUUGUAACACGGAGAAAAUUAUGCCUUUCUUACCGACUAGUUUUGCAUGGCUGUAUCGUGAUCGUAAAUUUAAUUGUGAGCUUUCCAGAAAUUUUCGAAAUUUGCCUGGAGAAUCGGUAAUAUAUGAUAACUUUGGAAAGCAACGUGUUAUUGCUGUUGGCUCCACUGAAUCAUCCUUUCUAAAACAGUCUAUACCAUUCAAGUAUCAACUGGGUAGCAAGGAAGGAUUAGCUGUACAACUCAUUGCUCAAUAUUUAUCACAAAUGGAAGGUACCUUGUUUAAAGCGAUACGUGGAAAUGGCUUAGCAUAUGGUGUGGAUAUUGAAGUAGAUAUGGAUAAUGAGCUGCUCAGUUUUAGCAUCUAUCGAAGUUCUCAACUCGAGCAAGCUUAUGAAGAAGCUAAGAAAGUUGUGUUCAAUGAAUUUGAACACGUGGAUGAAGAUGAGUUUGAAGCAGCGAAGCGAAGUCUUGUAUCAAAAAUAGUGCAAACCGAAGAUACAGUAAUUAAUGCAGCACAUCGAGCUAUUUUCAAUGAAUUUCGAGAAUUACCAUCUCAGUUUUGGCGUGAGUACGUUGAGCGUAUCUGGAAUGCAUCAAUGAAAGAAAUGGUAGAAUGCAGUAGAAAUUUUGUCUUUGAUUUAUUCGAUGAUAAGAAAUGCUGCCGUGCGAUAGCUGUACCACACGGAAAAUUGAAAGAUAUUGAAAAACAUUUUGAAGGAAUUGAAGUGGUCUGCUUUUCAGAUCUACAUAUAAAAACUGCUUAA